UCCGUGCUGGAAAUUUGUUUUGCUGCUGGUGGAUGUCAGGUUUCGCUGGAUAAACAUCACAGUUUGAGCUUUUUUAGACGUAAUCAUGGACAUUAUAGUAUCGUUUCCUUAAAAGGAGAAGAAACAGCGUCACUAGGCAGCUUUACAGCGCAUUAGUACCUUUUAAAUCAUCAGUUUGUAGCUUAUCUGAGCGAGAAAGCUAAUGCUAACGACAGCUAGCUAGCAGGCUAACAAAGCAGGCUUUUAUGAUGAAACACCGUUAACUAGCUUACGUGCCCACCAGUUUACAGCCGUGUCAGAGCAUAAUUCAUAUUUACAGCCACUGUAGCGUAUGUGUGAGUGACUUAACCCUGCAGCAUGGGUUAGCUAAUGCGUCUAGGCUCUGAAAAUAAAACGUCUUCGCUCGUAGGUACUCGUGUGUCGAUCACAUUGCUGUCAAAGCUAGCUAACGUCACCUCAGAGCUCGGAUUUACAGUUUUUGAGUAAGUCAUCAUCACGCAGGCAUACAUUGAUAGAUAUAUAUCACUGGAUACUUCCGUCAGGGGAUUGAUAACCCACCGGAGGUUUGAUGUGUUGGACCGUCACUGUCGCCGGAGUCUCCCCAGGAAAGCCAUGCUAUGAUGGUGCUACGGCGGUUACUGAGAAAGCGCUGGGUGCUGGGAGUAGUCUUCGGACUGUCUCUCAUCUACUUUCUCACCAGCACCCUAAAACAGGAGGAGCGAACUAUACGAGACCGCACGCUCUUAGAAGUUAGAGAUUCAGACCACCGCAUCCCCUGGAAAGUCCGUUUCAACUUGGGCAACAGCAGCAGACAGAUUACUCAGUGCAGAAACUCCAUCCAGGGCAAGACGCUGCUCACAGACGAACUUGGUUAUGUCUGUGAGAGGAAAGACUUGCUGGUGAAUGGCUGCUGUAACGUCAAUGCUCCCAGCUCCAGACAGUACAUUUGUAAAAGCUGCCUGGCCAACGGCUGCUGCAGCAUCUACGAGUAUUGCGUGUCUUGCUGCCUCCAGCCUGAUAAGCAACCUCUCCUCGAGCGCUUCCUGAAUCGUGCAGCUGAAGGUUUCCAGAAUCUCUUCACUGCCGUGGAGGAUCAUUUCGAGCUGUGCCUGGCCAAGUGUAGGACCUCUUCACAAAGUGUUCAACAUGAAAACACGUACCGAAACCCUCAAGCAAAGUACUGCUACGGCGAGAGUCCUCCAGAGCUCCUUCCUGUAUGAGCAAGUUUCAUCGUAGGGUUUAGGAAGUACAGGAGCAGCAGUGCCCCCGUUAGUACACCCAAAGGUGCUUGAAGAAGAGACUCUCUGCAAAUGAACUGCUGUCUUGGACAGUUUUGCGUUAUGGUGACAAAGAGACGGACACAUCCAAGACCAACCUCACAAAAUGGACUUAAUGCUGUAUGUGAUUUGAUUAUUUUACACUUCAUAAGUGCAUAGAACGCUUCAUACAUUCAUCCGUGAUGAUCAUCAGGUCUACAUUAGCAGGCAGCUCAUCCAUCAUGAUUCGCUUCGGACCGGUUCAUGUCAUUAAAAAAUAGGCUUCAUUUUUGAAAAGAAUUUAACAGCUGUUUCAUGUUUUGUUGUAAUUAUUUUUUAAACAGCUAAAAAUGUGUCAUUACUUUUGUGUGUAGUGCAUGC